ACAUUUUCACAUUUUUGUGCUGAGCUUCAAAAAAAAUCUCUACUUGUUUUUAAAUAUUCUAAAGUAAAAUAUAUUAUAGAUUUAUUGCAUAGCUAAAUAUUCAUUAGACAAAUCCGAAGAAAAUGACAAACAUCGGUUGCGUGGCCAAAUUGCUGGCUAACUUUGAAAUGAACAGCUGUUAUUGGGUAGAAAGAGUUAAUCCGAAUUGGCAUCAGGCUCGCCUGGUACCCAAAACUUUGUUAAACGAAAAAUCAAGAGAAAAUUAUACUGUUCGCAAACCUGAAAGUGACAGGAAUUCCAGAAUGUCCCCGUCAUUAAGGAAAUCAUUAUUACGUCGUGUAAAAAAGUUUAGUAGUAAUUAAAACAAUCUGUAAAAUGAAAACAAAAAUAUUUAAAAUACAGAAUGAUGGCGCUCGUAC